AUAAGAAGUUUCUGUAAAUGAGCAGUAACCAGAGAGGAGAGGAGGAGUUGGGUUUGAACACCACAACCUGGGUGACGUUCACAGUCACCUACGAUGCAGGUUUAUAAACGGACACGUGGAGAAGAUGAGCUCAGACUUUGGCACUUUGAAAGUUCAUUCGUCAUCUUCACGUCCCUAAACGUCGCUCUGAAGCGUUCAGGGGAACAACGAAAAAGCUUACAACCACCACCACCACCAACAGUCUGUUGUUGUAUCAGAGCCUAACGCGUCUAAACUCUGGACAGGGAAUCAAAUCACGGCACAGCAGCCUACAUGCGCGCCAACGAGAAGCAAACGGUGAGCGCGUUGUCACUUCCACAUGGCCGCUAAACUGGGAACGGACCGUCAGCAGCAGCCGCAGGGGCAGCACCACAGGCAGCACCACGGGCAGCACCACCAAUCCGGGCAGCAGCAGUACCAAUCCGAGCUUGAAGCCCUGGAGGAAACCGACGCACAGAGAUCGCCGGGUGCGCAAAGGGCGCCGGUGCGCAGCCCGAAGUGCGCGCGCUGUCGCAACCACGGCGUCGUGUCGCGUCUCAAGGGCCAUAAGCGCUCGUGCCGCUGGAGGGAAUGCCGGUGCGCGAGCUGCGUGCUGGUUUUGGAGAGGCAGCGCGUGAUGGCCGCACAGGUCGCGCUCCGCAGGCAACAGGCCGGAGAGAGUAAGAAAGCUCCAAGAAGUUCUCCUUUCCUGAGACGCCAAACCUACCAGCGCUUCACCAAAACACCUAGCCUUCUGGCCAAGAGUAUACUAGAGGGCUAUAAAUCACCUGCAUCAGAGUCGAGACACCACUAUCCUCCAAUUAGUGUUAAGAUGAGGAAAAGAAGAGCUUUUGCUGAUAAAGAGCUGGAGAGCGUGAUGCUGGAGAGAGAGCUCAGACAGAGAGAGAUGGAAGAGCUUCGUAAAAUUGUCCUCCUUCAGGCUACUGUGUCUCCAGGUCCCUCACCUUGCUUCUGCCCAUUGUCUGAUCCAGGUGUGCCCAGCUACAUGCCCAUGUAUAAGUCCAGUCCACUGGUGUUUGACUGUGAUCUACACUGCCAUGCACAGGAAUUAAAAAACAGAGCUAUAGAGCACUGUACAAGGGAAAUCCUCACAACACAGAAUUUUUUUCCAUCCAGAAAAUCACUGGACGCCUGCAGUGGAACGGUGUCUUGUCUGGAAUCUGUUCCUCAGCCCUCAUUUCAAAGCUCACAUUAUUAUUGUUGCAAAAACAGGGGAAAUACAGAGACAGAAAGAGUCCCCGCUGACUCGUCUCACAGCAUGCCAGAGACCGGUGCCGCUGACAGACUGAAUGUCACGUCAAAGCGAGACGCUUCUCUUCUGGCCCAGGCGAAAGUGCUGUCACAGAUUGAGCAGCCCGAGAAGCAGUGCAGACCUUCAGGGUUUGAAUCACGCACACAGGAGGACUGGGCCUCUAAACCUAACUCGAUCAAGAAUGUUAGACCCUUACCUUUUUCUGUCGAGGCUUUGCUCAUGAGAUGAUAAGUAAUUUCUGUAGACUUGACUUUUAUAGAUUUUAGUGAUUUAUUUUUCUAGAUUU